UGACUUUUCGUUUUCACUUUUUCAGUGAUUGUAUGGGUACUCGUCAUGGCCGUUGUUUAUUCGAUUUUUUCACUUUAAUUCUAAUUUCUAUUCGGAAAUUAAUAUUUAAUUGCAUGCGAUCCUUAGCUAUCAUGGCUACUAAGAGUUCCUAAGAUUGCGGUUGUGAUUAUCAUCAUUUUUACGAUUUGUCGCGACUUUACUUAGAGAUUUUUUUUACCAAUAAAUAAUAGUACACAGGUUAGUAACAAUGGCGGACAUUGUACACAUUAUCAGUACUUUCAGUGUUCGAUUAUUAGUGAAAUGUGAACUACUACCACUAUAUGUCUAUAUACGCAUUAUUUCCAAACCAACUUAUAUAAUAUAAUAUUAUUUAUUAGUACUACCUAUGUUUAUUUAAUUAUUCAGAUGUCAAUAUUCUAUUCUCUCUUCUAAUCAUAUUACAUUUGAUUAGAUGUUAUAUUAUUGUUUGCGGUUAACUUUUGUUUAGUUUUAUGGAGGCUAUAAUUUUGAAUGCCAUUAAUUUAUAUAAGUAUUAUAACUAGGUACUCAGUAGAACUUUUUUUUUGUACGAAGUCUAAAACUUAAAUACUUUAAACUUAAUACUAUAACUUAAAAACUUGAAUACAUAGGUAAUUAAAUUUAAAGUGUUUUCAAUAAAUUAUUAAAUAUUGAUUCACUAAUUAAAAGUUUACACCUAAUCAAUUUGAAAGUAUUGAUUAUUUAAAAAUAAUAAUGUUGUGUAUAGACAUUGAUUUUAUGAAAUACUAGUAUUAAAAAAUCAAUGCCAUAAACUAAUGGUUUUUGCGACUAUAGAAUCCCAGAAUCCAAAAUAACUUAUUUACAAAUUCGAAUUAAUACAAUAGUGAUUUCCGUUGGUUUUCAUUGAAACUAAAACUCUGUUUCAAAAUAGUUCUAUAGUAUUGCCUAUCUGCGUAUUAUAAAAUCAUUAACAUAAGUAACAUUAACAUUGUAGUUAGCAUAUGAAACUAGGUUUAAUGCUAUAUUUUAUUUACACUAAGAUAUUUCUGAUUUAUUUUAUCACGUUUAUUUAUUCAAUAUAUGUUAAUCUUUUGUAUAAUUUAACAUUUUCGCAGUGAACCAUUGUUAGGCUUGAUUGAAAACAUAUUUGUAUCAAAAUGAUGGCAGACAAAUUAUUUAAAGCUGUUAAAAUAGGAUUGCCUGAAUGUUACAAAUUACCGCAAAAAGCUAAAGAUAUUUUGAACACCGCAGUAAGAUUAUUUUUCUAAAAAUCAAACAAUUUUAAAAUAUAUUAUAACUUAUUAAUGCUUAAAUCAUAUUAUGUUUUGUUUAUACAGAAUAAUUCACUAGAUGAUCUAGAUAAAAAUGAUGUUAAAACGUUAUGGGUUUUGUUACAUGAUUGUAUUAAGGAAACAUCAGUAUUAAAAGAUACUAUUCAAGAUAUAGAGCUAUUAAAAAGUUAUCAAUGUGUUUUAAACCUAGUUCAUUGUGCUAUUCUUUGUACUGUAGAGAUAAGUUGUAUAUUUCAAGAUGAACAUUUAACGAACAGCAUUAUGGUAUUUCAAAGUUUUUACUCACUAAAUGUCAAGAAAAAGGUAAUUGUAUAACUUUUUAAACAAUAUUCAUUACCAAUAAUUAUGUAAUGACAUAGUUAUAAAUAAUAGGCAUAUGAAGUCUAAUAAAAUAAUUAUAAUUUUUUUAGAAAUCCAAUUGAAAUAUAGAAAACAGUGUUUCAAAAGACAUUUGAUUACUAUUUAUUUAAUUGGCUCAAUAUUUUCAUCUCAUUAGUCAACUUUACACUGUUUAUAUUUUAGUUUUCAUUCAAUAAAUAUUUUUAAUUAAUAUUUAUUUUGGGGUUUUACAUUUUUUUUUUUUUAAGUGCAGAUUUUUUUUCUAACAAAUCAUAUGAUAAGUAUGGGUACUGGUUUGUUUUAGCGAGUGAAAACUUUAUGGCCCUGCCACUCAGGUUUGUUAUCGGCCUGCCAUCCAUAUAACAAUAAAUACAUUAUAUCAAUAUAUCACCAAAUUAUUAGAUUAAUAAAUAAACUCAUUAUUUUCUAUAUUGAUUUAUUAUAUUAUUGAUUAUUUAUGAUAAACACCUAUGGUAGGCACCUAAUAGUAAUAGUAUUAAACCGUCUAAUUAUUUUGUAUGAUGUAUUUAUUGCUAUAUGAAUGGCGGGUGAUAACAAACCUGAGUGGCUGGGCUAUAAAGUUUUUAUAUGUGAAUAAGUAUUUCUUUAGGUUUUACAUGGUAUAAAGGCAUAUUGAAUAAAUAAGUACCUAAUUUCUUUUUCUAUUUUAUAGUAUCUUUUCUUGAAUUUUGUAUAUUUUGGAUUAAUAUUUUUAUUUGGUACACAUGUAUGAAUUUUAAUUUUCAGUUUAAACUGGAAAUAAUACAAAUGUACCUAAGUUUUUGGAAAUUAUAUAAUCCAUAUAAAAACGGAACAAUAUCUGAAGAUAUAGAUGAAAUAACAACUAAAAAUAUGAUUUUUAAUGUUGAUUAUUUAUUUGACACAAUUAAAAGCACUACAGUUAAAUCUGAUAUGGUGAGAUAUAUAAUACCUAUUUUGUAAAUAAGCAUUCACUAUUGUUUUAUUUACAUGUUUAGGACACAUUAGCCCUUAUAUUGUGGGAAUUAUGGAACCUUAUGAAAAUAAUAUUACCAUCAGAUAAACCAAAAUUGGAUUUAUUCUUGUUGAAUUUGGAAAACCAUUUAGCAAAUUGUAAAAUGUAUUUGGAAACAGAAACAGGAAAAUUGACUUUUGCAAAUGUAUUUACAAUUAAUGAAGAGUCAUUUUUGGUAAUAUAUUUGAAUUUAUACUUAUAUAUAUAUAUAUAUAAUGUACUUCUAAUAAAAUGUUCAGAUUGUUUAUUAGAAUAUAUGGGUUAACAAGAAGAUAUCCAAGUUAGACAAAAUGAAUAAAGACAAAUAGACAAAAUAUUUUUUUAAUAAAAUCUAUCAACUAAUUUGUUUAUUUUAUAUUUAUAUUUAAAUGUUGGGGUGUUUUCUAAUACCAAACUUUUGAGCAGACCAAGUUUUUUUUAUCCAUUUAAAUUUGAAAAUAGUAUGUGAAAUGCCAUGACUUCCAAUUUUCAAUAUAAUUUGAAAUUUAUUAAACCUAUAUUAAAAAAAAAAAAUUUCAGCUAUUGAUUUUUAAUCUUUUUAUAGUGUUAUAAAAACACCUUAUGAUAAAUCUUAUUGUUUACAAUUUUUGAGCAUUUGUAAAAAGCCUAAUAAAUUUUAUCCACUCAAACCAAAUAAAUACUAAAAUACUUAAAAAAUGUCACCAUAAAUUUCACAAGAAAGAGCUAAUAUAACUCUUCACUGCACAUUUUUUGACAUUUUUCAUAAAUUCGACUGCAAUAUGAAAUCUGGAAGGCUUUGUAUAACUUUUAUGAAUUUAGUUAUUAUAUUUAGUAAUAAGUGACAAACUUUAUGUAUGUAUAGUUUUAAAUAAACUUAAUAUUAAAUAUUUUCUAUAGAAAUUUCACGAAUUAUUAAGGAAUAAUUUACCAAAAUCAAAUAAAGCAAUAAUUGAAUUAUAUAGUGAAGUAUAUUUUAUUGCAUGGAAAAUAUCAGAUGAUGACAUGCGAGAAGUAAUAAAUAUUUGAAAAUACAUAUGCAAAUUUUUUAAAUUUUUUAAAUUCUUGAAUUUGAAAUCAUAGGUAAUCCAACAACAAUCAUUAUCUGACCUACUAUGUUCAGCAAUUAAAUUAAGACGUGAAGGUAUGUCUUAUGUUACUUUUUGUAAAGUUGCAAUUUUCUUAGAAGGCUUGCUGAAACAUAAAACAGAUAUCACGUUCAGCAGAGUUAUUACUCAAUUAUUUGCCCCUAUUUUUUGGAGUUAUUUAGUAGUAUGCAUUUCAGUUAAACCUAAUAUUUAUAUAUUUAUAUAUUUAUUUAUUUAUGGUUUUAAAAUAGAAUAGGUAUGCUAUGGUCAGAGCCAAUUGCAUUUACCUUUUUUCCAAAGUUUAUCCUUUAGAAAAAAGAGAGGAAAUGUAUGAUGUAUCAGCAACAUUUUUAAUUAGGCAACAAAAUGCAUUAAUGAAUGCAUUGAGUGACAGUUGUUAUAGAAUUCAAAUUUUAGCUAUAAAAGUAAGUAUUAUUAUAAAUAUCAGUCUUUAAUGAUUUAUUUGAGAUAUCCAAAAUCUAUUAAUUGUUUUUAUCCAAAUUUAUAAUUAGGAAACAAUAGUUUCUAAUAAUGAUAUUAUAUUUGUAUAAUUUAAAAUUUCAAUUAAAAAUUGCAGUAAUUAAUAAUGCUCAAAAUGCUUGCUCAAAAUUGUGUUUCAUUGUACUUAUAUGAAUUGAAUUCUUUAUAUCCUACCUUUUCAAAUUCCCAACCACAAAAUAAGUAUUAUUAUAUUCAUAUUAUUUUUAUUUAUUAGUUUAUUACCAAUCAAAUAUCAACCUUUUUUUUAUUCUCUAAACAAAAUCUACAGAAUUUUGAAAAAAAAUCUAACUCUUUCCAAGAUAAUAAAUACUCUAGAUAGUUUACUUUAUAUAGUACAUACCUAUUCAUUUUUGAUUUUAAACAUUUGAAUUCAACUGGCUUAUUUACUGUAUGUAUGUUAGUUUAACUAAAUUAUAACUUAUCUUUACAGGGAAUUAGUAUGUGUAUGAGAAAAUUUUGGAAUACAUUUAAUGAAUAUCAGAUUAUUAAAUGUUUUGAAAUAUUUUUAAGUUUAAUUGAAGGAAAUAAUAUUGAUGUACGUAAAGCGGUAUUCCAUGGUUUCACUGUGUUACUGGAUAUAACUGAAUCACAUAUUUAUUUUAAAAACUCUGAAAUGUUUACUAAAACUAAGCAAAUACUGAUGAAUGAAAACGAAAAAAUUAAAGUUCGACGUUCUGUGUCACAUUUUUUAUUGAAAGUUAAAAAAGUUGACAGUAAGUCAAAGGAUGCUGCUACAAUUAAAUAUGAAGAAAUAGUUAAUUUACAAGAUAUUUCCAUUAUAUUUGAUGUAAAUUAAAUUUUUUUUUGUAAAGUUUCUGUAAUUAUUAUUUAUUGUAUAUUUUGUUUUUAGAACAAUUGUGAGGAAAUUAGAUGUCUUUUAGUUGAUUUAAUUUUUGACUAUUUUUAUGGAGAUAAUGUACAGGAUGAAAAUGUUACAAUUAUGAGAUUAACUGAGUUUUACAAAAUUAAUAAAACAUCUUUUCACAAUAUGAUAUUUUUCACAAAAAAGACACUAAAUUUUAACAAUGCUUGUAAAUUUAUGCUUAUGUUGUUGCGACAUGUGUAUUGUUUAUUUAAGAAAGCAGAACAUUUGGAAGACACAAAUAUAGACUACAGUAUUCGGUUCAAAAAGCUUAAAAUAAAUUCUGAUUCUGGUAUCAAAAAUUAAUGUUUAUAAUUUAUAUAAAUUAUUCAAAGUAUACUAAAUAUAAGGAAAUAUUUCAGAAAACAUUGGGGACAUAAAUACUUCAUCAGUUGGAAAUGAUGAUUACUACAGACAAAAUAAAGAUUCCUAUAUUUGUUGUAUUUUGGAUUGUGUAAACUGUCUCAUAGUCGUCCAUGACAAUACAUUUACUGAGGAUUGUAAUCGUAAACAAUUUACAGAAAUUCAAGAUUUGUGCAUCUCAUGUAUUAUUGGAAUACUGAAGUUUCAUAAGGUAAUUAUUUUAUAUUUAGCUAAUGAUUAGAUAGAAAAAUAUUAAUUAUGUAUUAUGGGUUUGGUUAAAAAUAAUAUUUUCAGGUAUAUUGUGUUCUAAUAAACAUCAUAAUAUAUAUACAUUUAAUAAUUUUAUUGAUAUCUAAUAAAUGUAUAUUUUUAAGUGUGCAUGUAUAUUUUAGAUUCUUAGUCUAGUAGGAAAUGUAUUGGUUUUUUUACUAUAAUGUGGACUUUUUCUUUUUUUUCUGUUUGAAAAUGGUGUAUUUGUAAUGGUGUGGUCAUUUUCUAAUUUUCCUCAUAGUUUUCAAAAUAGUUGAAAAAAUAAAAAUAGGUACACAAUAAUUGUUUCUGUUAUUUUGUUGUUUUUGUGAUUUGGUUAAAAGUAAUCAUAGAAACCUGAAAUUCAUACAGAAUAUUUAUAUCAGACCAUUUAAAACAUAGUAAAAAUGUCCAAACAUUGUGGCUAUUCUUGAGCUAUUUAUAGGCAUUUGACAUUUUCGAGUUUUUUUAAAUGUAAUAUUUAUUUUUAAGCCAAUUAAAUUGUUUUAAUUAAUUCAUCAUAUAUUUUAUACUUGGUGGUAAAAAGAAAAUAGUUGAGCUUAAUGUCAUUUUUUUUAAGAAACUCACCCUACCUUUUCAAAUUUCCCCCUACAACAAUGAUACAUAUUUCAAAAGUAAAAACAAAUAUAUAAAUUAAAAACAAGCAAACAUGAGCCAAUACGUUUAAUUAAAAUUUCAAUCAAAGGCCAUAAAUUAAUAAUUUAUGAUGAAAAUUAAACCUAAAUAUCUUAAACAAUGUUUAUUGUGUUAUAGAAUGACAAAAUUUAUGUUAGUACUAUGUGUCUGGCAGCUUUAUUUCCUAUUUCAAAAAUAAUGGUUCAUACAUCUGCACCAAGUACAGCAUUAUCUACUUUAAAACAAUUUCCAAAUAAUAUGAUGGAAAUGGAAGAGACGAAUAAAGAUCUUCCAGUCUGCAUUACUUAUGCAUUGAGCAUGUGGAAUCAAAGCUACAAAAUAAUUCAAAUAGUGACUAAUUGGUUUGAGUAUGCCUUUAAAACUUUGGAUCCCAAUGCAACACUGGUAUAGUUUUGAAUUAAAAAUUAUUUAUUAUAAAUUUCAAUCAUAGGACUUAAGAAUUUGGGUAUAGAUAUGUUUUAUGAAAUCAAAAACUAAAAUAGUCUUUAUAUUUCAGACUUUCAGAACUAAAGAAAAAAAUGUCUUUGAAACAAAUUCAAAAGAAUGUAAACCAAAGAUUGGUAAUUUAUUGAUUACCUGCAUGUUAACAUGUAAUAAAUCACAACAGAAACUUAGAGAUUCUGGUAUUAACGAAUAUAAUGUUCAUGAAAUGAUUUUAUGCUUGGAGAAAAUUAAAGUAUGUCCUUAUUUUAGUUUAAAUAUAAUUUAGUAUAAAUGUACUUGUUAUUAUUAAAAAUCACCAAUAAAAAUAUUGAUGUUUAUCUAAUGUUGUUAAUUAGCCAACAAUUGAAAACCGGAUGUUUUCAGAUGAUAGUUUAAAUAAUAUAUUAACAGAUGAAGUUAUGAUUGAGUUAUUUUAUUUAUAUAUGAAAUUGCCCAUUAUAUACUACAAUUAUGAUAAGAGUCUCAGAAAUAAUAAAAUCAUAGAUCAUCAAAUGUCUGUUUUUGAUUGGAUUUUAGAGUUUGUAUAAUUGAUUAACUAGAUUUUGAUUUUAUAUAUGUAAGUAUGUAAAAAUAAUAUUAUGAAAUUUUUAUUUCAGAAAACUACUUGUUAAAGAUUUACAGCUUAAAUGUGACAGGACCAAAAUAUUUAUAGUCAGAAUAAUUAAAGUUGUUAAUAAUACUGUAUAUAAUUACAGUUUAAUGAAAAUUGGAACUCAUGUAUAUUUAAAUAAGUUUUUCAUAAUGUGUUCUUCAAUCAUUGAUAGUAAAAAUAUAUAAAAUUAACAUAAUUUAUUAAAUAACAAAUAGUAUAUUUUAAUUUUGAUGGUUAUUUAUUAGAUAAUUUAGGUGAAUGGAUUCUAUUACAUAUGAUAAAAACAUUGGGAGAAGGAUUAGGCUAUUUAUAUUAUCUGGAAAAUACGAAUUCUGCUAAAAAUGACGUGUCUACUUUAAACAAUUGUGUGGUAGCUAUCACUAAUAUUGUAUCAUUCUUUGAAGAUUAUAAGUCAACCGAAGAAGAUUUUAUAAUGUGUUUUGGAGUGAGUUUUUUUUAGAAUAUAUAAAAUUAAAAAACAUAAAUCAUUGCACCAUAGCGCCAUUAUGUUCAUACAAAUGACUUAAAAUUACAGUAGUAGUACAAUUUCUUUUUAUAAAGAAAAUUUAGUUAAAACAUAUUUUCUUUAUAAAGUUAUAUUUGUAUUGGUCUAUAAUUAUUAUUUAGUAUCAUCUGAUAGAAAGUUUAAAAUUGUGCCUUCUAUGGAAAAGUAUCUAUUGUUAAAAGAUAUAAAUAGAGGUUUUACAUAGUACAUUAUUUGUAUAUAUUUUUAUAUGAAUAUGCACAAAUAAUUGAAUAUUUCUUUAGUUUUUCCAAGUAAAAUAGCCAAGACAUAAAGAUUAGAAUUCAUAAGUGUUUGUUAAUAGAAAAUAGAUGUUUUAGUUACUAUUCAUACAGUUAAAAACUAUCUGUAAAAUAUUAAGAUUUUUUAGUUUUUUAAUUUAAAAAAAUAUAUGUGAAAAAAAAAACUAAAACAUUAAUGCUAAAAAUAUAUUUCAUUAACUAUUCCAAAAAGGAAUUUAUAAAUUAAAUAAUUUCAGGAGCCAAAAGUGUUUCUUAAAGAAUUUUGCAACCUGAUUUUGGAACUAAAAAGACUUAGUGCACCAGAUUUUCAUCAAGUUUUUUUGGCAUUUAUUGAAACUAUAAUGGUUAUUAUUGAUAAUGAAAUAAGAAAAGUAAGUAUUUUUAGUUUAUAUUUAUAAAUUUCAUAUAUUUUUUUUAUUAAUUUUCUGUUAUUUUUUGUUUUUAUUAUUCUGUUAAUACAUGUUUUAUUUUUUCAGAUUAAUAGUGUUGAUUUGAUUGAAAAUCCAAUUAUUAUACCAUUUUCUGGUUUCCUGUUAAUAAGAGUGAUUUUAAAUAAUUUGCAGUUGCUGAAUUAUUUUUCAGAUAAUAUAGUUCAAUUAUUUUCGUCUCCUAUAUAUCAAAAUGUAAAAUUUAAAUUUAUUUUAGAUUAAUCAUUUACAUACGUGGGCGUACCCGAAAGAAACCGAACUGAUGUUGGGUGGGACAGAGUUUUAGUAGUACCGAUUUUUUUCCGGUAGGGGCGUAUAAAUAUACUUCUCAACAUUCAAUAUGCUAACAGCAUAUUGAAUGCAUCGUGGAAGGUUGUGUUACAUUGGUGUGAUAUUUUUUUUAAAAGUUAUUUUUCGUACUCGUUUUUGUAAUGGCUGAUUUGCGUGAACAGCGCGGUCAUCAAGUUUUGCUUCCUGCUCGAGAAAACAGGCACAGAAACCCUUCAGAUGUUGAAAACAGCUUACAAAGGUGUUAUUUUAAGGAAAACUCAAGUAUUUGAGUGGUUUUCCUGUUUCAAAAGUGGUGAAAUGUUGAUAGACGACCAAACUCGCUUGUUGAUGCCCUUCGACAUUGACGGCGCAAACCAAUGAAAAUGUAGAAAAAAUUCACAAAAUUAUCCUGGAAGAUCAAUGGCAAACCAUCGAAGAAGUAGUGGAGAAAUCUGAUGUGACAUGGAGUUCAGUACAGAGAAUUUUAAGUGAAGAUUUGGUGGUGAGACGGGUGGCUGCAAAAUUUGUUCCUCGACUGCUAACUGAGCAGCAAAAACAAGGCCGCGUGGAAUCAUGCUCUUCUUUGAAAGAAUUCCAAAAUGACCCAAACUUCUUUUCCAAGGUCAUUACAGGUGACGAAUCAUGGUGCUAUGGAUAUGAUCCUGAAACCACCAACAAUCGAGCCAAUGGAAGACUCCAGCAUCGCCUCGCCCUAAAAAAGCUCGUCAAGUGAGGUCAAACAUUAAGACAAUGCUCAUUUGUUUUUUUGAUGUGAGAGGAGUCGUCCAUUCGGAGUUUGUUCCACCUGGUCAGACAGUUAACCAGGCAUUUUACCUAGAGGUGUUAAAAAGAUUACGCAACAGUUUGAGGCGAAAAAGACCUGAUUUGUGGCAGUCAGGAGACUGGUUUUUUCAUCACGACAAUGCUCCUGCUCACACAGCCCUUUCUGUACGGCGGUUUUUGACCAAAAAUGAUAUGACCACUGUGUCCCAUCCACCCUAUUCAUCCGACCUGUCUCCCUGCGACUUCUUUUUAUUCCCCAGAAUGAAAAGGAACAUGAAAGGAAAGUGUUUCGUGGACAUUGAUGAAGUUAAAAAAAAAAACGACAGAGGCGUUGGCAGGCAUCACAAAAGAUGAGUUUAAAAAGUGCUUGGAAAAUUGGAACAAAAGAUUGGACAAGUGCAUUAACUCCAACGGAGAGUACUUUGAAGGAAAUUAAAUGUUUUUUAUAAAAAAAUUAAAUAAAUAACUUUGUACAAAAAUAGUUCGGUUUUUUUUGGGUACGCCCUCAUAUAGGUUUAUUUAAUAAUUUAUUUUCUUUUCAUAUAUUAGGACUGUAUCAGAUUGUUAUCUGCGAUUAAUUUUAUUUUCAAUGUAACAUUUCAUUCAAGAGCACGCGCAAUUAAUUUUGCACCAAUUCUAAAAGUGCUAUUCAAAAUGUUAACAAAAUCUGAAAAUAACGCACCACUCAGUGCCUUUGACUAUGGAGAUUGCAAUUUCGAUAUCUCUAUUUUUGAAGUACCAUGUUCCAACAAGUAAGAAAUAAUUAUUUAUUAAAAUUAUUUAUUGUUAUUCAAUGAAUAUUUUUUUUGAUUUCAGCUUAAUGUAUAUAAAAGCAAAAGGGCGUGAUAUUUUGGUAAAUACAGCUAAAAAACUGCACUUGACUUUUUAGGUUGAUUGGUUUAAUUCAGGUUUUUUUCUUCUUUUUUUUAAUAGUGAAAAAUAUUUGUUUUUAUUAUGAAAAUACAAUAUUUUUUACUACCAAUGUGAAACUAAUAGUUAAAAUGUUCAUAUAGAUAAAACAUUUUUUUCUUGUAUUUUAAGGUGUCUUUUAAUAAAAGUACUAUUGAUGUUAGUUAAAGCUAGGAUUAAUUACUAAAAAUGUCUCCAACUUAUUAGUCUUAGGUAAGUUAAUAUAAAAAACUAAUAAUUUAACUAUUUUAUUAUUGUAGUUAUCAUAGAUCAUUAAGAAGUGGAUUAUGGAUAGUCCACAAUUUAAAAUUUAAAUUAUCUAGACUUUAAGUCUAAAAGUUACUCUAAUAGUUAAAUAAUUUGCCUCAAUUGGCCAUUACAGAGAUUAUAUAACAAAACAUUUAUACUAUUGUCAUAUUUGAAAACAAAGUUACUUUUUCUUUUUAACAUAUUAAAUUAAAAUAUAAUUUAUCUGAAACAACACGUUGAGUUAGAAAAUUUUAAAUAAUUAAAAUUGACUGAUUAAAUUUGCUAGCUUUGAUAUUUAUUUAUAUGUAUUUAUAUGUAGUGCCAUAAUAUUGUUCAUAAUUUACUUAAAAUUAUUAUUUCUUAUUUAAAAUGUAAUUAUUAAAUUUAUUUACUCACCAAUAAAAAUAUGCUGAAUAUAUAUUAUGUUUGUUUAAUAUAUAUCUUAUUUAUCUUUUUAUUUAUAACUAUAAUAUAAUUGUUUUAAACCAUUAUUAUGAAAUGAUGGUUAAAAUAUUUCAGUUAUUAUUUUAAGUUCUUUUAAAUAUUUAUUAAACAUUUUAGUAAUGAUAUAUUGCAUCAAUAAUAUUAAAAAUUAAUAUUGUUUACAUAUUUGUAUUUGUAAUAUCUAAUAAGAAUACAAUGUUGUCAUAACUUAGGGAUGCCAUAUUCUACAAGUAACUCAUUCUAUAUUUUAUAACAAUGUCCUAGUAAUUGUUUAAAAAUCUUGUUAAUAUCCCAUUUAUUCAAGUAUCUGAUUUAUGUGUCUUAUACAAAUAUAAAUUAUUCAUUAUUAUCAAUUUAUGUAAAUGUAUUUUCAUGAUAAGGAAUGUAUAUUUAUAUCACUUGGAAAGUAUUUAAAGAAUUUCAUAAAUUAUUUUGUAUUGCAUUUUUAUAUUAGAAGUAACUUUUUUAAUUUAUUUUUUAAUUAAGUCUUAUUUUAAUAUUAAAAA